AUGCCAUCGGUAAGCGACCGACGGCAUAAAAAAAAGCCAACUGCACACACAGCAAGUGGGGAUCUACUCGUACAAGUGACUCAUCGGUUACAUCGGAAAACCCAAACUGAAGCCGAAAGCAAGCAGAAACACCGCCGUCGUGUGAUACGAACAUCGUCAUCUUCGUCUUCGUCAUCGUAUUCGGAUGGUUCACCGACACGACCAGGAUCAUAUUCACCACCCAGCUUACCGGCUCCGGUCCUCUCCCAAUUACUCCCUACAACCGCACCGGCUUCUGAUUACCUUCUCUCUUUGGUCAAGGCCCGUCCCCCGAAUGCAGAUUACGAGGUCCAAUCCACAGAGGGCGGAAAAUUCACCAAAUUGCGAGUUCUGCAGACAUUAGAUGAAGAUAGGUUCAAGUACAAAGAGUAUGCCCCGUCAGAUAAAACGUUGCUUUCCGUGCUUAUCCAAGUUCUUAGAGAUCUUGAGGAACCGUCCACGUUUGCACUACCAUUGCUAGUAUACGUCCAUGAAGGCCGUGGCUAUCGGACACAAUUAUGGGUACGCAGGUCAGCCUAUACGCGGCCUUACGCACCGCUGCCAUUAUCAACAUUGCCGGAGAGUUUUAAACCAUUCAUAUACUGGUUGAACGAGAAAAUUUGGCUUGCUGAAAACCCAGAUAACCCAGGACGACCAGCCUCGGAUCAGCUUCUAUCUCGAGUCAAAGCUCUUCCAAAGGAAUCAUUUAUACCAACAGAAGGGGACAGUACUAUUCACAUUUCGGGAUACGGAACCGAUGAGCUUCGAUUCGCGGAAACCCUUAACCCUGCAUGGGGAUGGCACAUUGCUCAGAGUACUUAGAAUGGCCCUUGGACUCGAGGAUUCGUCGGGACUGCCGGUCCUCACAAACGUUUUGGAAGUUCCUACCACAAGGUGGCAAGAUUGGAUUAGAAGAUCAGCUAUGAACGACUCGAAAGCACCUUUUCCCGCGGAGCCCAUGAAGGAGUUACCGGAAAGUUUUAAGCGAUUAUUAUCCUUGGUGAAUGAGGAAAUAUGGCGUGAUACAGCGGAAGCUGCCUCUCUUCGGCUUAUUCCUGUGGAGAAAUCACCUGUGGAGUCGAUGCGAUCUUCUUCUAAAAACUUCAAAUAAAAUUCCUGAUUCUAACAUAAUUAGUAAAAACCUAGUUUUAAUACGCUUUUGCUCACAACGUAAAGAUUUUAAGUUUGAAAGAAAUAAAAAUGAUAUAAAAUAAAAUUCUGCAUCAAAGCUCGUAUGUUUUUAUUCUGCAUGAAAAAAUAUCAAGAUUAAGUUUACAUGAUCAAGCUCAUUUGUACAACUUAAGAUUCUGCAUGUCUUUUUAUUAGGACAUAUCUCUGAGGUUUCACCUACCCUCGAAUUCGAAUCUG